AUGAGGAACAUUGAACGGCAAGUGGGACAAUUGGCCAAACAAGCUGAACGGCCAACUAACAUCCUCCCAAGUGAUACAAUACCCAACCCAAGGGAAGAAUGUAAAUCUCUACAGUUGAGAAGUGGCAAAGUAAUCGGAGAAAAUUCUAACAAGGAAGCAACAAAACUCAAGGAGCAAGACACGGUAGAUAAGCAAGAUGAAGAAAAGGCAUCAACACCUCAAAAAAGCAAAGAAGAUGAGAAGCCACAAAGCAAGUCAUCCACUCAAGAUAGCCACCACAAUAACAAGGAGAAUGUGAAGCCACAGCAGGAAAACAAGAAUGAAAGAGUGAAAGCUUAUAAACUUGAAAUUAAUAUUCCAUUGGCUGAAGCUUUGGAACGAAUGCCAUUAUAUGCAAAGUUUCUUAAAGAACUGAUCACCAAGAAGAGAAGUUGGCAAGAAAAAGAAACAGUGGUUCUCACUCAAGAGUGUAGCGCCAUCAUUCAAAAGGGGUUGCCACCAAAACUUAAAGAUCCAGGCAUUUUCCUCAUACCUUGUACAAUUGGGAAUAUAGCCAUUGAUAAAUCACUCUGUGACCUGGGAGCAAGCAUUAACUUGAUGCCUCUUACCAUGAUGAAGAAAAUGAUGAUUGAAAAGCUUAAACCCACAAGGAUGUCACUCCAACUUGCUGACAGGUCCAUCAAAAUACCAAAUGGUGUAGUUGAGAACCUCUUGGUGAAAGUAGGAAAUUUUAUAUUCCCAGCCGAUUUUGUAGUCCUAGAUAUGGAUGAAGAGGGGAGCAACUCCGUUAUUCUUGGUAGACCCUUUUUGGCCACAGCUAGAACAAUCAUUGACGUGGAAAAGGGAGAGAUGACCUUCAGAGUACAUGAUGAGCAAAUGACCAUUAAUGUCUUCAAGGCAAUGCAAUACCCCACUGAGAAAGAGAGUUGCAUGAGGAUUGAUAUGGUGGAUGCGUUGGUUGAAGAAGUGUUUAAAGUAAACCAUCAAGUGAAACAGGAGGAAGUCCAAGACAUCCGAGAACAAGAAGAGAACAAAUUGCAAGCACUAGAGGAACCAAUGGAAGCCAAGAAAGAAGAGGCGCCAUAA